UGGCGGCUCUACUCUGUCCUCACGGACGUGAUAGGAAUUGUCAAACGUACAACAGAUGAGCUGAAAAAGCGACAACCUGCUCGACGCUGCAGAAUAUUUACCAUUGCGGCAUCACUAUUUCACUUCACACAUUGCUGUCCACGCUGGUAGGCCAACAGAUAAAAUGCCUUCUCCUAAAGCAAAAAAUCCCGGUCGCAGCGGAGGAAGCCCGGUGUUCGGCAGCUCUUAUGAGUUUAUGUCGUUGACGAAGCCGUUGAACCGGUCCUCACCGUCACACCUGCUCCAGCGUCAGGGCUCCGACCCGACCACCGCCCGCCUCCGAGCUUCAGAAAGCCCCACUCGUCGCCGGGGCUCCAGCUCCUCCACAGGCUCGGCGAGCGGUCAGGGGCCACCUGAAGAAGAUGGUAUACGGCUCAAUCCUUCCCUGAUCCGCGUAGCGCUCAGCUCCUUGCUCGCCAUCGACUUGUGGCUGUCAAAGCGGCUGGGGGUGUGUGCCCAUGAGGACUCCUCCUGGGGCAGUGUGCGCCCAUUAAUGAAACUGUUAGAGAUAUCAGGACAUGGCAUCCCUUGGCUGGCUGGUGCCGCAUACUGUCUGUACAAGAGUGACAGCGCUGCAGGACAGGAGGUCAUGCUCAACCUUCUUUUGGGUCUUUUGCUGGACAUCAUCCUGAUUUCCAUCGUUAAGGCAGUGGUGCGUCGACGCCGGCCAGCACAUAACAGGAUGGACAUGUUUGCCACUUUUUCUGUGGACCGCUUCUCCUUCCCCUCCGGCCAUGCAACCCGUGCCGCCAUGUGUGGGCGGUUCCUGCUGGCUCACCUUGUGCUGGCUGCACCGCUGAGGGUCUUCGUUGUGCUGUGGGUGGGCCUGGUAGGGUUGAGUCGAGUGAUGCUGGGCAGGCACCAUGUGACUGAUGUGUUGUUUGGGUUCUGGAUGGGCUAUUGCCAGUACAACUUAGUGGAGAUGCUGUGGCUCUCUCCUCAAACCUUACAAGGGCUUCUAGGACAGUGGGCUUAAAGUUAAAGACUACAGGAAGGUGAGAGAUGGUGGUUUAAAUCCUUACUGUAACACCACCUGCACAGUUUUUUUUUACUUUUAGAAUAUAAUGAUGUACAAUAAAAAUUUUAUUUAGAAUAGAGGAGGGCACCAUCAAACAUUUAGCUCCUUUUGCUUUCUGAAUCAUUUGUCUAGCUCAGGGUUGCCCAAGUCCGGUCCUGGAGAUCCAUUAUCCUGCAGAUUUUAGAUGCACCCCUUCUCCAAAACACCGGAAUCAAAUGUCUGAAUUUGCUGAUCCACAUGUCAUUCAGCUCUGCAGAGGCCUUAUAAUGAGCUAAUUGUGUGAUUCAGGUGUGUUGAAGAAGGGAUGCAUGUAAAAGUUGUUAGAUCUCCCGGAUGGGACUUGGGCACUCCUGGUCUAGCUGGUACCCUCCUUCUGAGGCAGCAGCUGUAUGAGAUACUGAUCAGACACUACAUAAAGCCUGUCAUGAUGCUAAGAUCCAAUUUUCUGAGCAGAACAUUGUAAUGAAAUGAUCAUUUUACUCUAACUGGUCUUAAUGUUGUGGCUGAUUAGUGCAUAUCAGACAGCAAGAAACUAGAUCAUUUUCCUCCUAAAGCCACCUCACUAACCCGUGCCACUGCACUGGCCUGAUACAGUGAAACAAGAUGAAUUCUUUCCUGUUUCAGUGGUUAGGAUACACUACUACUAAGGGAUUGUUAGGUCCAGUCUGUGUACUUGUUGAUCUAACUAGACACUGCCUGUAACUUUACAAACAGAGGAGCUUAAAAAAACACUAUUUGGAUUAAACUAAAGGUUUCAUUCUUAAGUUAAUUAAAGAAAACAACCAUAGGUAGUAAGAGUAACUUCAGUAACAUACAGGAAAUGUAUGUGAGACUAUAUCUUAGUUCCUACUGUAAAAACUCUGAUUGAACCUUUUGCUCAGUGUUCAGCAGUUGUGGGAUUUUUAUACCUGCUUUAAACAUGUGCAUCAAGGAGCGAUUCUGCAAACAACUAGCAGGAUCUUUCUGUUAUCACCACAUUUUAAGCCAUCUUUACUGCUUUGCACAGGAUUCGUAAGAGUAAGCGUGUCUUCCUCUGGCCUUUGUUGAUUUCAGGAAGGUAUCCUUAAAUCAGCCGGGUGGGGUUCAAAUGCUUACUCCUUAGAAAGUGCUUCGAUUACUUCUGUUCUCUCUUUAUGUGACUUCUAACCUUAAAUUAUCACACAUUCCCUUUGUUUUAAGUAGACGGGCCAUAACAUAAAUUCAAAAAUGAAUCUUUUUCUACCAUGUCAUUGAUUUAUUAAUAAUCAACUCACAACUAAGAUUACAACCAUUACAUUAUCUUCAUUAUUCAUGGAGAUAAGUAUGGACUUGAUUACCAGAAGGACGUUAGUCUGACAUGCUGUAUUUUGAAUCCUUGUUAGAUUUCUUUGUUUUUUAAUCUUUUUAAUAAAUGCUCAUGCAGGUAAAAAAAAAAGUCUCUUAAAUUUCCACAUUGUUUAUUCAAAAGACGAAUUGACUACAUGUAAUCUUCUCAAGACGUUUGAACUUGUAGUGAAGUUGAUUUUGUUUGCCUAGCUGUCUGUGUGAGGAUGAAGGGGUCAAAUUAGUGAUAGGUUGUAGUUUAUCUUCUUGUAGCAUUAUGUAGGUGGUCAUCAUGACAAGAAAAAUCACUUAUAUAAAUGAUGGAGCAUUUUUAUGCAUAUCUAUAAUGUUAAACAUGCGUAGUAAUUGCACGAGGGCAGAGCAGUUUGUAUGGAUGGGAUGAGGAAAUGUGAUCUGGAAAAAUCCCCUCUGAUAUACUUCUGAGGAGUUUCUCCUGGGUCUGCCUUGGUUAAACACCAUUUGAUAAAUAAUAGGAAAGAUUUUUAGAAAAUCUGCCACAACACAGAUAGACCAAGGUUUUAUGCUUCUGUUGCUACUACAUUAAUCUUAAGCCUAGUCAGGUAAUUAUGUAUCCUGUUACUGAAGGCAGCGCCAGUUUGUUUUCCUAGUUCAUUUCCAUUUUCCUGAGCUAUGGAGGAACUACUGCAAAAAGCAUCAGCUGUAUCCCAGAGCUGACCCUCAUGUUUACACAGUGUAGGUGAUGCUUACCUGACUCACCCUAACUUACCCACAUGGAACAGCUGAAGCCUGGCAUAUGUGUUAACUAUCAGUACAUACAGAAUUUCUUUAAAUAAUUAGGGAUUCAUCUUAAAGCAUGCAUGUGUUUUUUUUAAUAUCCUAUAUACAUGUUGAUAAGCAUAUUCCUUCUAUAUUAGUUGAUGCCACAGGGUUGCUUUCUGCUGUCGUGGUAGCAGCUGUUUGGGGUUUCUAAAAGGUCUGUAACUAGUUUGAUCCCUUCAUCCUUUUUUUUUUGUAUGAAAAUUACUCAACAGAGACAUAUUUAAUAAACUUGAGUAGAGGAUAAUACAUACUUAAAUACUGUAUAUUCACAUCUUCACUGUUCAGCAUUAUGAGAAGAACUUGAAUAACUGAAGGAAAAAUAACACAAGUUGAAAAUGUGCUUUUUGUUUUUUUUAUUUUUUUAUUUUCUUUGUUU